UUUGCGGCCGGCGGCCAAGAGUGCGCCACGGCCGCCCAUGCCCUGAGCGCGGUCUGGGGGGCCCUGGCCUGCCCGCAGGACGAGCUUUAAUUUGUCCGAACUAACACAGGGCACGCCCUCACGUGGUCGGCUGGGGCAAUGUGAAGUGUGCUAGGACAUCUUCGAGGGGGGUCUCCACCCGAGUCCGAGGGGCCGGCGGCUGGAGGCGCCCUCCGACUGCGCGCCCGGGGUCCUGCUAUGCCAAGGGGCCUGAGCACGGCCCGGGAGGACGUGGGGGCCACUGCAGGUGUCUCCCUGCGGACAUUCCUUAACCUCCCCCCACCCCCACCCAACUGGCGCCGAUGCUCCAAAUGCCCCAUUUUGUGGUGCGCAAGUGGCCGCCACCGUUCGCCCCAAAGCCAAAUGGCGGUUCCACGGUGGAGCCGGUUGAGUGUCAGGCUGCGACCCCCCAAGGAGUUCUCCGACGUGAUGGGGGAGGGGAGGUGCUGGGCCGCACCCCUCCCCCCGCGUGCGGGGAGGGCGAUUGCGAGCCGGGCCUGGAGACUGCUUUCCCAGCUCCCUCUCUCCCGGUACCAGGCGAAGUCCCCCGCGGGGGCUUGUGCAAGUCUGGAGGCUCUGAUAUGGGCGGGAUCCAGCGUGACUGGUGCCCUGGAGGCGCCGGAAGGCAUUUCACGAAGUGAAAGAUGCCUCUACUUGGGGAAGCUGCAUCCAUGGGGAGACACCCCGGAGGGAGAGCUGAUUCCUUCGGGGAAGGACCCUAAGUGGACCUCGAGCCAUGGAAAACCUUGCAGGCCUGAGACCUCCCGCAAGGUGAGAAAAGACCAUCAGGAAUCUCCUAGCAGAGAUUGGGAUUCCUGUCACAUCUAUCCGCAAACAUCCUCCCCGAGCCCCACACCGUCUCCACCUGUCCCCUCUCGGCUUGCCGGGCCCUGGCACACUGCUGGCACGCAGCAGCAGAUGGAGCGGCUAACACAGGACUCUGAUCUGCAUCCCACCUCUGCGGAAGGGCCUCCUGUGGCUGUCAUCAGAUUUAGGAGGAGUCUGCUCUCAGCCCCACUGGCCAUUUCUUUCCUCACACAGACCCAGGGCGUUCCGCCUCAGGGUCUUUGCACCUGCUGUGCGGCUGACUACACUGAUUCCCAUCUCCAUCCUUGAGAGCCUCCCCACGUAGCCGCCUAGGCAGCCAGGCUGCAUACCUCUCAGAGUUCCUGUAAUCACAGCGCCCUACUUGAUUUCCUUCAUAGCACUUACUAUCAUCAUCAUUUUUUUUUUAAGAUUUUUUUUUUUCAUGAGAGAGAGAGAGAGAGGGAGGCAGAGGGAGAAGCAGGCCCCAUGCAGGGAGCCCGUCCCGGGACUCGAUCAUGGGACUCCAACCCGGAUCUCCAGGAUCAGGCCCUGGCCGAAGGCGGCGUUAAACUGCUGAGCCGCCCAGGCUGCCCACUAUCAUCAUCAUCAUCCCACCGUCUUGGGUCUGUUUACGUGUGUACCGGGUGCUUAGUAAGAAGAACAUUGGGUGGGCCUUGCUCCCCGCCAGACCCCAGCCCUGGGUACACCCUGCCGGGCUGCUGCCCCUGCUCACUGCUGCCUGGAGCCAGGACAGGUUUGCCUGCUUCUGCAACAGGAAGGUGGGCUGGGAGUCACAGGAGCUCCCGGCUGCGCUUGGACCCUGGCACUCCCACAAACUCCACGUGUGGCCCCCCGCUCCCCCUACACUACUCUGCCCUUAGUGUCCCAGUUUGUGAAAAGGGGUUGGAUGUGUGCCGUGCCCUCCAGCUCUGGCAGCCUGAGUCUGGACUUCUGAACAGAGGACAAGUCAAGAGAAGGGAAGACCCACAAGAAUACAACCUUCCUGGAGGAUGAGACACGAAACAGAGGAGUCGGCCUGGCCCAGUGGCAAGUCUGGGCCUAGGAUGUAGAACCCUAGACUCUGGGUGGGCUCCUCUGCCUCUGCUGGCCUCGGGGUUACCUGUACAGGGGAUAUCCGUUCUAGAGCUCAAGCGGAGGCCCCUCCGCAUGGGAGGGUUUCAGAAGGCCUGGGUGGGUGUCACCAGCCUCAGGGACCGGGUUCAGAGGCCCUGCUGCUGAGGGCACCUCACCAGGGAGGACCCGUUGGCUGUUAACUGCUGAGGGUAACAGUUGAGGGCCAAGAGUGUCUCCCCAAAAUGUGUUUUAAACCGAGAGGUUGGCUUCAUCCUAGGC